CCGCCCCCCUCCCCCGCGCGCCGAAAGGGGCCGAGGGCGGAAAAGGCGGGAAAAAUCGUUAUUACCCAAAACCGGCAUAAAUUCACCUAAAACAGGGGCGGAGUUGCCAAUAACACUGAGGAAAUACCGCUGAAGGGACACGCUGUUGUCGUCUGUGAUCGGCAGCCACCAAAUCGAAACUUAACUGUGUUGGGUUUUAAUAUUUGCCAACAUUUCUGCUCCCAAACACAGCUGUGCUGCCUGUACACACCCGCCUCUGCUCCUACGAUCAGAACCCCUUUUAACCCAAAUAGCUAGCACACUUUGACUGAAAUGAAGUUUUAAAGAGUUGAAUUUAAAUAAUAAUAAUUUUUAAAUGGCGAUUUGGGGUUUCUUUCCCCCUCAGGGACACGGGGUUUGGUGACCCCACACUCCCAUCCCCUGCUGCUCCCUCAGAGCUCCCUGUGGGCGCCAGGCUGGGGGUGUGGAGAGGGGGUUUCCCUGAGGUAAAAAAACGGCUGAUAAAUUGUUUCAUGUGUAAUUUAUGGGAACACCAAAACAAUGAGCAGCUGCACCUCAGUCCCCAGGCAGAAGCAGAGGAGGAGCAGCCGCCGCUCCGGCCUCACCUCGGGCAGGGAUUCCCAGGCUCUGUCAGCGCUGGGGGAUUUCCAAACCCUUCCCUUAGAGAUCUUCCAAAUGGUGCUGAAUUAUCUCUCAGUGAAGGACAUCAGCAUGCUGAGCAUGGUGUCCAAAACCAUCAGCGGCCGCCUGAUUAAUUACAUCUCCACCUCGUCAGGGAGCCGCCGGCUGCUGCUGCAGGACUUCCACCGCCCCGAGCUGCCUGCCAGGAGAGAAGGAGCCUCCAUCCUGGAGCACUACAAAGCUCUAGGGCUGCUGCUCAAGAGGUGCACCCUGCUGCUGCCCACCAGGGACAGGCUCAAGUACGUGCACAAGGUGCUCGCAGGGGUUUCCUGUUUCAAGCUGAAUGGUUGUGCCAGCCCUCUGCACUGCCUGGGCUUGCAGUGCUAUGGGGUGUUCUUACAGAUCCUGACCGCAGGCUGGGAUGAGCUCGAGUGCCACCGGGUGUUCAAUUUCCUCUGGGAGCUCAGCAAUUUAGCCCGGAAGGUGCAGACGGUUGUCAGCAGCAAACCAGGCAGCGCCCGGAGGCUGGAGCUGCGGAUCCGCCUGUACUGCCGGGGGGUGCUGCUGUCACCCGGGAGCCACCGCAGCGACUGCGCCUUCUGGCUCACCCGUAUCCUCAAACCCUGGCCCAUGGUCAACCAGGCCCGCCUGCUCUACAUCAUCUUCGGGCCCGUGUCCUCCCGUGACGGUGAGAAAAGGGGGGCCCCGGGGGAGGAGAUCCCCCCCAAAAAUGUGAUUUGGGGUCGCGGAGUUAUGGGGGCAAAGGGAGCAAAGAUGGAACGGAAACUGCGCAGGGGAGCCGGGAGCGGGAUGAGCCGGGAACGGGAGCGGGAUGAGCCGGGAACGGGAGCCGGGAACGGGAACGGGAUGAGCCUAGAACAGGAACAGGAGCGGGAUGAGCUGAGAACAGGAGCCGGGAACAGGAGGGGGAUGAGCCGGGAACGGGAACAGGAGCGGGAUGAGCCGGGAAUGGGAUGA